AUGAGUAGAAUCAGCCCUACCCCCAGCACGGGGGCCACGACCGCGGGUACUAUGACACCAGCGUCGGGAGAAGAGUCCUUGUCUCCUCUUGGCGCUGCCGCCCCCGCUGACGAUGACGAUGGAGCAGGUGAAAGUGGCACACGCGACGACGAAGAUGGAGAGGAUGAGGGGGAGGAAGAGGAGGAGGACACCCGCGAGAAAGAUGAUGACUGCGACGAGAAUGAAGAGGAAGUGGAAAGGGAAGAAGACGAUGCCAAAAGCGAGGAUGUGAAUGAAGAUUGA